GAAACAACCCCUCUAUCCCCAUCACACUACACCACUCUCCAUCAUUCUCCUUCAUUCUCACACUUUCUUCAUUUAAAUUUUUUGGUGAGACCAAAAUAAUUUUCACUGUUAUUGUACUAUUAGUCUUAAUCAAGAUCAACUAUGGCAGAGGAAUCUCCAAAGAUAGCCACAACUCAAGAGACAGUGCCUCUUGCUGAGGAGCAAGUGGUGGUCACUCAAAAAACAGAAUCCCCUGUUCCAGCUGACAAAGAAUCUGAUCAGCCCAAGCCCAACCCAGAGCCCGUUGAAAACAACACUACUGAGACGGAGGAGGUAUCAAAGCCCAGUGGUGAUGACAAAAUUCCAGAGUCUGGUUCUUUCAAAGAAGAGAGUACUAUUGUUGGUGAGCUACCUGAAGCUGAGAAGAAAGCACUUGCAGAGCUGAAACAGCUUAUUCAAGAAGCACUUAACAAACAUGAAUUCUCUGCACCAGCUUCAACUACUCCAAGCCCAGUUAAAGAACAAAAGCCCGAGCCCACACCAGAAGCACCUGCUGAAGAGACCAACAAGAAAGAUGAGCAGGUUUCUGAAACAGAAUCUGUUGUUGCUGUUACUACUGCAGAUGAUGACGUAUCAACAACACCACCACCACCACCAACUGAAGCUGAAGCUGAAGCUGAACAACCAAAAGAAGAAGUAGAAAAGAAAGAAACAGAGGUUGCUGCUUCUUCUGUAGAUGAAGAUGGAGCGAAAACAGUUGAAGCAAUUGAAGAAUCUGUUGUAGCUGUAGCUUCAUCAGUUCCAGAGGAACCAAAGGUGGUGGAAGCUUCUUCACCGGAACAACAACAACCAGAAGAGGUUUCAAUAUGGGGGAUACCACUCCUCGCAGACGAUAGAACCGACGUGAUUCUGUUGAAGUUUCUCCGAGCCAGAGACUUCAAAGUGAAAGAAGCAUUCACAAUGAUCAAGAACACUAUCCGUUGGAGAAAAGAGUUCAAAAUCGAAGAGUUGUUAUUAGAUGAAAACUUAGGUGAUGAAUAUUUAGAGAAAACUGUUUACAUGCAUGGCUAUGAUAAAGAAGGACACCCUGUUUGUUAUAAUAUUUAUGGAGAGUUUGAUAACAAGGAGGUUUAUAAGAAAACAUUUUCAGAUGAAGAGAAGAGAGAAAGAUUCUUGAAAUGGAGAAUUCUGGUCUUGGAGAAGAGUAUAAGGAAAUUGGAUUUUACCCCUGGUGGUAUAUGCACCAUUGUUCAGGUUAAUGAUCUUAAGAAUUCUCCUGGACCUACCAAAUGGGAGCUUAGACAAGCUACCAAACAAGCCCUUCAAUUGCUUCAAGAUAAUUAUCCUGAAUUUGUAGCCAAACAGGUGUUUAUCAAUGUGCCAUGGUGGUACUUAGCUGUGAACAGAAUGAUAAGUCCUUUUCUUACACAAAGAACAAAAAGCAAGUUUGUUUUUGCUGGGCCUUCCAAAUCAGCUGAAACUCUUCUAAGUUACAUAGCUCCGGAGCAACUUUCAGUCAAAUAUGGUGGACUAAGCAAAGAUGGUGAAUUUGGAAUUACUGAUGCUGUUACAGAAAUUACAGUGAGGCCUGCGGCAAAACACAUCGUGGAAUUUCCAGUUACUGAGAACUGUUUACUCUCUUGGGAGCUAAGAGUAAUUGGGUGGGACAUAAGCUAUGGUGCAGAGUUUGUACCAAGUUCAGAAGGAAGCUACACUGUGAUAAUCCAGAAGACUAGAAAAAUUGCUUCAUCAGAAGAACCAGUGCUUUGUAACAACUACAAAAUUGGUGAACCUGGGAAAGUUGUUCUCACCAUUGACAAUUCAAGCUCUAAGAAGAAGAAGCUCUUGUACCGCUUGAAGACCAAGCCUUCAACUUCUGAUUAAGAAAGUUUCAACGUUAAUCAUUAUCUUGUGUUGGAGCAGAUAUAAUUAUAUAUUCUUUUUGCUGUAUUAUUUUGGUUAUUACUAUUGAGGGGAUCUUUUGUUUUUUGAAUUCUUAUAUUGAUAUAUGCAGAGGACUUAUUGGUCUAUUUUAUUGUAUAAAUUUCUUGUAAAUUUCGGUGGGUCCUAAUUUGAUCUAUAUGCUUGUUGUUUUGUCUAUAUUCAUGUCUAAAUAUAUGUUUGAACUGUCA